AUGAAACGUCAUGCAGACUGUGAUCUCCCCACAACUCAUGGCGUGGAGUUGGGCAUGGCAGAGGCAGACGUAGCUGAGGAGGAAGGACUAGCCAUGUCAGAAGUAGUCCACCUAUCAUGGCUGAGGCAAACCACACGGAGGCGGUGGCGACUGGCCUGCAAUAGCUGCAAGGCCCUAAUGAGUCUAAUCGCUUGGAACUGUCAGGGGUUGAGGCAACCCCAGACAAUUCGAGCUCUCACUGAGCUCAUUCGGAAGGAACGCCCCUCUAUAGUCUUUUUAUCUGAAACUCGAUUGGGAGAUUGUAGAAUGGAAAAGUUAAGGAAGAUUUUGGGUUACAAUUCUAGUUAUUAUGUGAACCUGUGGGCUUUGCAGGAGGUUUGGGGUUGUGGUGGCGUCAUGAGGUAG